ACCGGGCAUAUGCUUGUCACUUCCAGGCAGUUCCCUUCAGUCUAUUAAAAUGUACCUCUUUGGGCUGGAAAUUUACCGAGGGGUACACAGCUUGCUUAGCGUGAGCAAGGCCCUGGUAUCCAUCUUUCUAGCCCUGAAAAAACCCAGAGAAGUCACUGUAUUUUAUAAACUUCAAAAUUCCCUCUCCUGGGAAGUGAGUAAAAGAGAAAAGAGGCCACUGCCAGCGCAAACCCAGCAGUGCAGUGCCCACAUCCUCCCAUGGAGACGAGUGGGGUUUUCCUCCCGGGCUGCCUCAGCUCACAGCUACAAUGUGGCCCCUGCAACAGGGAUGCGUACCCGACAUGUGAGGUGGUUGAUGUCCAGCUGUGCUAUGAUGUGGCCAAACUGAUCUACCUGUGUGAGGAGAGAAAGAAGGCUGAGAAGAGUCUGGCCUACUACACAAACCUGCAGGAGAGGACGGGCCAGCUGGCCCUUGUCAACUCCAAGCCCUGUGGCCAGUUCUGCUGCUGUGAAGUGUGGGGUUGUGAGCGGGAGGAUGCCAUCACCUACUACAUGCGCCUGUACAACCAGCUGCUGGAGAGGAUCAUGGAGGAGGAGUACCAGGUCCAGGACCAACCCCUGGGAAUGGCCUUCGUCACCUUCCGAGAAAAGUCUAUGGCCACGUACAUCCUGAAGGACUUCAGAGCCUGUAAGUGUCAGAGCCUUCAGUGCAAAGGCGAACCCCAGCCGUCACCCUACAGCAAAGAGCUCCAUGUCUCCACGUGGAAUGUCACCUUGGCUGCCUACCCUCAGGACAUCUGCUGGAAGAAUCUCUCCGUCCGGGGCCUCCGCUGGUGGGUGCAGUGGCUCAGCAUCAACUUCACCCUCUUCGUGGUGCUCUUCUUCCUAACCACACCCUCUAUCAUCCUGUCUACCAUGGACAAGUUCAACGUCACCAAGCCCAUCCACGCACUCAACGUGAGUGAUGCCGGCAGGAAGAGGGCAUGGUGAUUAGGGAGGAAUGGAGGCUGAGAUCUGUAGGAACCUGAACCAGAAAGCCCAAGCCCUCAGCUCAAGUCUGCAUUUCUAAAUCAAAAGAAGGCAUGGCCAUGUUUUUACCUUGCCUUAGAGUAAUGCAACAUAUACCUUCUCAUUUGAUGGAAUCAAACUAAAAUGAGCGAUCAUUUGAAAUGAAUGAGGUAUUUUAGCCUGCUAGAAUGUUAAGUAAAUGUUCAACAUUGCAUACACUGUAGCAGGCAUCAGGGUCUUAUAGUUAGGUCAUGAUAUAAAAUGCUCUCUGAGCAAUGGGUCUAGCAAUGUGCCAAUGACACCUGUGUGCUAGAGACUAAGGAGAAGGGAUGGGAAAGAAUGAGAAGGUUUAACUUGAAUGUGGUGGCAUGAAUGAUUUCUUUUACACUUCAGUUUCUGAAAAUCUUACAAACUCAUUCAUUGUUCAUAAAUAAUGGAUGGUCUUCAAAGCACCUUAGAAGGCUGGGUGUGGUGGCAUGCUCUUAUAAUCCUUGCUACUCUGGAGGCUGAAGUAGGAGCAACACUCGAGCCCAGGAGUUCAUUUGCAGUUCUCCUACCUAAUCCUCAUAGAGUACUGGCCUCCCAUCUUGCACCACUGCAUCAGCCUUUUGAGGUUUCUUAGUAGCCCUUUGUCUGUUUAUAUAGGAUACAUCCUUAUUUUACAAAUGUGAUUCCAGUUUGUCUUUCUGUAAAGCAAAGCAAGAAUUUAGGCUGGGGUGGAGCUUAGUGGUACAGUAUGUGGUUCUUGUUUUCUGUGCUAUGUUUUGUUUUGUGGUGUUUGACAUCAA